CUGCGAACGGCUCGAUGAGCGUUGCCCAGCCGAGUAAUUUUUUACACACAAUUUUCGUGGAAAAAACGUAGUUCGCUGAAAUUUCCCAGCGCCACUUGAUUAAAAAUGGCGCAAAGAUUCCCUGGACCAAAUGCCGGGAACAAUGGGCCACCUCCACAGAGAUACCCACCACCCUCUGUACCACCGAAUCUUCGACAGUAUCCAGGGCCAAAUUUUCCGAUGCAGCCUAGAUCAAGCUUCACUCCACCACCCCAGAUGGGCACCGGUGGGCCAGGACCAGGAGGCAUAAUGAGGCCCAACCAGCAGUACUCCAACAUGCGUCAAGGUCCCAUGCCUGCGCCCCCCGGCAAAAGGAGUGGUGAUCAACGAAUUCCCAUGUCCCAACAGAAACCGUAUUUUUGGAACAGUGAUUUAUCACAUUCCACAUCCAAGAAGAAGAAGAAAUUGGCGGACAAAAUAUUGCCGCAAAAAGUACGUGACCUGGUACCAGAGUCGCAGGCUUACAUGGAUCUACUGGCAUUUGAACGUAAAUUGGAUGCUACGAUAAUGCGUAAACGUCUCGACAUUCAAGAAGCGUUGAAACGUCCCAUGAAACAAAAGAGAAAAUUAAGGAUAUUCAUCUCCAAUACGUUUUACCCCGCCAAGGAGGCGGGCGAGGGAGAAGAGGGCUCAGUGGCAUCUUGGGAACUUCGAGUUGAGGGACGAUUGUUGGAUGAUACGAAAAAUGACCCUAACAAGGUGAAGCGAAAGUUUUCGUCAUUCUUCAAAAGUUUGGUGAUCGAACUGGACAAGGAUCUGUACGGUCCAGACAACCAUUUGGUAGAAUGGCAUCGCACUUUGACGACCCAAGAGACUGAUGGCUUCCAAGUCAAACGCCCUGGGGACAAGAAUGUUCGUUGCACUAUUCUCCUUCUCCUCGAUUACCAGCCACUUCAGUUUAAGCUGGAUCCAAGACUUGCUCGUCUGUUAGGUGUUCAUACCCAGACUCGACCAGUCAUCAUAUCUGCCCUGUGGCAGUACAUAAAGACUCACAAGCUCCAGGACAGUCACGAAAGAGAGUUCAUCAAUUGCGACAAGUACUUGGAGCAAAUCUUCGCCUGUCCACGAAUGAAAUUCGCUGAGAUUCCCCAGAGAUUGAAUCCUCUUCUGCAUCCCCCAGACCCAAUCGUCAUCAAUCAUGUCAUCAGUGUUGAAGGCACAGAAACUAAACAGACAGCCUGUUACGACAUCGACGUCGAGGUGGACGACACCCUAAAAACCCAGAUGAACAACUUCCUCCUGUCCACAGCGAGCCAACAAGAGAUCCAAAGCCUCGACAAUAAAAUUCACGAGACAGUCGAGACCAUAAAUCAGCUCAAGACAAAUCGCGAAUUUUUCCUGAGCUUCGCCAAGGAUCCCCAGCAGUUCAUCAACAAAUGGAUAAUCUCCCAAACACGAGACUUGAAGACAAUGACUGAUGUCGUUGGAAACCCAGAGGAAGAGAGGAGAGCUGAAUUCUACUAUCAACCCUGGGCACAAGAAGCUGUUUGUCGAUACUUCUACACGAAAGUACAACAGAAAAGGGCGGAAUUGGAGCAAGCACUUGGAAUACGAAAUUCAUAAGCAACAAAUAUUCAACUGCAAUGCCCUUUUAAUUAACCAUUAUAAUCAUGAAUCUGACAUUUUUUUGCGACUAAAAUCAUGCAAUUUCUCUCGAAACUUUAAUAAUUCUCCACCCGAUGAAAGGGGGAAUCCAGCAUUUCUUACAAUAUCCCUUUUUUUAUUUCAUCUCAAUUGUAUUUACAUUUUACGUCGAAAUAUAAUCGACCAAGUUCUGAUGCCCGUAUACAUAGAGAUACCUUUUUUUCUCAUAUUUCGGAAAUGGUAAUAAUCUCGCAAGUAAUCCCGCCCCCACCCCCCUCGCCGCUGCAGUAAAUAUGUAAGAAUAAAUUUGAAUAAUAAACUAUGAUGAAACGAG